CCAUUACUCUGCAAGAGACUUUUUGCUGGUCGACUGCAUGUGUUCUGCACAAUUGACUUGGAGAUUGGCCCUUCAUGGAUGCAGUCACUCGCCGUCUCAUAAAGGAAUUGCGGGACUAUCAACGGGAUCCAAACCCGCAAGUUGUCGAGUUGUCGCCUACAUCUGACGACAAUUUAUUGGCAUGGCGAGCCGUCAUUGCUGGCCAAGAGGGGACGAUAUAUGAAGGAGGACGCUUUGAUCUUGAUAUAGUUGUACCCAACUCGUAUCCGAUGCAACCACCUACUAUCAAGUUCAUAGGAAGGGUUUGUCAUCCGAACGUGCACUUUAAGACUGGUGAGAUAUGUCUUGAUUUAUUGAAAUCUGCCUGGAGUCCUGCGUGGACGUUGCAGUCGGCCUGCGUAGCUAUCGGGGUGCUGUUGACGAGCCCAGAGCCGGAUAGUCCACUAAAUUGCGAUGCCGCGAACCUAUUGAGGUGUGGUGACAUGAGGGGGUAUAACUCGCUGGUGCGAAUGUAUACCCAGCUCUAUGCCGUACCAAGCACAGCAGCUAUCAUGUCGUCCACGUCCUAGCGGAUGUUAGUACUAGUCGGUUUACUAUAGAUCUCUAUUUCCUUUUGUACAUAUUUCGCUUAGAUUGGGUAAUUGAUUCAUAAAUAUCAAGUACUGUGAAGCAUUCCGGUUAA